AUGGCCCUAUGGCUCCUGCGCUCCUCGCCAGAGCCGCAGGACGUCAUCAGUUGCAACAUGGUGCUUCGAGCCUGCUGCAAAGCCUCGCAGUGGCCCCGAUCCAUGCAGCUCCUGGGCCAGUUUCAGCCCGAUGCCACAAGCCUCAGCACUGUGGCUGCAGCCCUCGAGGACUGGGAGCUCGCUGUGGCUCUCCUACACGAUGCGCGUGGUCAGGCGAUCCAGCCGAACAUCGUGGUGUAUGGGGCCGCGGCCGGCCGUGCAAGGGGCCACUGGCCUGUGGCGACGGCACUCUUGGCCGCGGCGGCACAGGAAGGCAUCGGCAUCAGCAAGAUCGCCCAGAGUGCCGUGAUGUCAUCCCACGAGGCUGCAGGGCGGUGGGAGUCGACCCUGCUCAUGCUGGAAGGGGCUCGGCGCGCGCACUUGGAGCCCGACGUAGUCGAGUUCAGCAGCGGCGUGAGCGCCUCGUCCCGGAGCUGGCCCGUGGCCUUGGAAGUGCUUUUGGAGGCAAAGGCCUGUGGGAUUCAGCUCGAUGCGGUGGCGAACAACGCCGCCAUCACUGCUGCCGGCCGUGGGUCCUGCUGGCCACUGGCCUUGGAGACGCUGGAACAGGCCUCGGCGCAGGGCGCGCGCACCGUCCGCAGCUUCCGGGCCGCGCUGGCUGCCAUCGGCUCGGGUGGCUGGCAGGGUGCGCUGAGGUUGCUGAGCUCCAUGCGUCAGCGAGCCGUGACACCUGACCUGGAGUGCUUCAACGAGGUGUUGCUCGCGUGCGCCAGCGCUGGCGCCUGGGAGGUUUGCACCUCGACGCUGCAGGUGAUGCGCGCCAGCAGGUGCCCCCCGGAUCUCCGUGCCUUCGGCUGCAGCGCGCGGUCUUGUGGCCUGGGCCAGGCUUGGCAGCAGGCCGUGGCUCUCGUCGAGGACAUGCGCGAACAUCGAUUGCACGAUCCGGAUGGCUCUGUCUGGAAUGCCGUGGCCUGGGCGCACCAGGCCGCCGGCGUUCCCGUGCCCGCCGUGCCAGGGUGGGUGCAAGGGGACCUGAGGAAGGAGCACACUCUCCUGGACUUCGUCCGGCGCCGCGCACAGGUAAACGAUUUGUUCGCUGUGCUCAGAGCCAUCGAGGACUUCGCCGAGUCGCGGAAGUGGCUCAAGGUGGCAGGCGGCCGCAAGGCGGCGCUCCUCAAGGGCAGCCUGCGACCUGGAGAUCGCGUGGUCGAGUUUGGAACGUAUAUGGGAUAUUCGGCCAUGCUGAUGGCAUCGCGGCUGCGCGAGCUAGGCGGCGGCGGCCGCGUGGUUUCCUGCGACGUCAAUGCGCAGACCUGGCCCUUCGCCCGGGAGCUCCUGGCCUGGGCCGGCGUCGGAAGCUCCGAGGUUGAGUUGAAAAUCGGCAUCGCCGGCGAUUGGCUUGCCAGUGGCCAGCUUGGAGAAAUCGACGUGCUUCUACUGGACCACCGUGGCACGGUCUACCAGGAAGAUCUCAAGGCAGCCGAGCCCCACUUGAGCCGGCAAGCCCGUGUCCUUGCAGACAACGUACUACUGCCUGGCGCCCCCCUGUUUCUGGGGUUCAUCGCAGGGCGAUACGACGUGGCAGUGCACGAGGUGCCGGAGUUUCGGCUCCCGGAGCUGCAGGACUGGAUCCUGACCUGUGUUCCGACAGCCACUGCUCUGGCGCCAGCAGCGGAUGUCAGAGAGCUGAGGCAAUGGGGCGAUAAGGUGGAUGAGAUCUGCUGGGCCUCCCUGCAGGGCGACGUGGACUGGGAGAAGUUUCAGGAGGAUUUGGCCCCGGCCUUGCGCAGCUGGUCCAUGCGGCAUGGCCUCCCCGGGCCGCGAUGGCGACACUUCAGCGAGGCCCAGCGGUUUGCAGCGGGUCGACUUGCCUGA